AUGUGUCAGCACACCACACGCGAGGCCGUGCCGAGCAGUGCCAGGAGUUUCAAAAAAUCCGGGACACCACAUUCUGUGUGCACUUACUUUUCCCUAGCGCCUUGCAAAGGUUUACGGCGUCUAGAAUCCGUCGUCAUGGCAACCACUGAUAAACAACACAAGCACUGUCAAACCCUUACGUGUAACGCAGAAGGGGAAAAUUCUGGAAUUGGAAGUUAUCAAGGAAUGUAUGACGAGACUGUGGAGGUGAAUGCUAGAGAGAUAGAAAGUCCGCCGAGUUCAGACGAGGAAGCAGUGAAGGCAGCCAUGGCGAAGUUUAACCCGCCCGUGCGACACACGGCGAGGCACGACUUCGAUUCGGAAAGCGAAAGCGAUUCCAGUCCGGAUAAUGAAAAGUUCGAAAAUCUCUCUAUAGAGGAAGACGAGGUAUAUAGUAAUGAUACAUCACCAGAAAGAAAACCAGAUCAAGAAACUGCCACUAAGCAGUUGUCUAAGAAAACCAAUGAAUUGUCUAGGCAGCCUAGCAAACGACGCGAUUCGUCAAAUUCAGAGUCUGACAGCGCGGAUGGGGGCGUAGAAAUAGCGGAUCCUGUAGCGAGUGGCGGCAGCGGGCGUCGGAGGGGAGUUGUGAUCCCUGCUGAGGGCGCGUACGAUCCGAAACAAUACCAGGACUUGAAGGUACCGCCGGAUUUGGAGAAUGUCUUCCAGUAUAUCAUGAAGUACACACCACAAAAGAUUGACAUAGAUUUCAAGCUACAGCCCUUCAUCCCAGAGUAUGUGCCAGCGGUAGGCGACACAGAUGCGUUCAUCAAGGUGACCACGCCGGCGACUGGUCUGCGCGGUGAACCGCUUGCAGAGAACGCGCUGGAGCAUAUCGACAACUUGGGUUUGACAGUUUUGGACGAACCGGCGGCCGAGCAGAGCGACUCGGCGCUUCUUCAUCUCCAACUGAGAGCUAUUUCUAAAACUUCGAGCGCUAAAUCCACCGUCCUGACGCGGAAGAUAGAGAGCGCGGAGAACAACCCGCGGGCGGUGGAGCGCUGGGUGCGGGACGUGAGCGAGCUGCACGCCGCCAAGCCGCCGCCCACGCUCGCGUACACGAGCAAAAUGCCCGACAUAGACAGCCUCAUGGAAGAAUGGCCAGACACCAUGGAGGAUACACUCAACGAGGUCGGGUUCCCCGCCGCGAACAUAGACUGCUCGCUAUCUCAAUAUAUAGAUUUAGUAUGUGCACUAUUUGACAUUCCUGUCCAUGGUGAUACUUUAAAUGACAGAAUACAAGCGUUGCACCUGUUGUUUAAUCUGUAUUCAGCUGUCAAAAAUUCACAGUUAUACGCUGAGAGGGAGAAGGAAAAAGGGGGAGUAGGGGGAUGAAACGCAUGCAAAUAUGUUGGAUUUAAUUAAUGCGUGUCAUUUAAUUGUUGUUUCUUAUUUGUUAAAGUGUCACUAUAUAAUUAAAUAAGAUUUGUAAUUUUUUAGACUACUUAAUGGCAACGGUAUUAUUUAUUAUAUACAUAUACAUACAUAGGUUCAGUUGUACAGUUGUAAUUGCUGUAUAUAUGAUAGUAAUGUAAAUUAAAUAAUUGAACGAUUGUUUUAGUUUAUACUUAAUUUUGUAAAUAAAACAUAAUUAUUACUUUGGCAAUUAUUUAUUUACAAAUUUUGUAACAAUGCUUCAGACAAAAAUAUACACUCGCCAUUCCUUUAGACGCUAUAUUGUAACAUAAUACAAAUUAUAAUACACUAUUUUGAAAUUGACGUCUCAUCGAGAACUACUUUUAAAGAUUUUCAUAACAUAAUUAAAUGGCGUGGCGAAACAAAUUGUCAUUAUGGUAUUAGCGUAAGAUCUGUUUAUAAUAUAAAUUAUUUGUUAGUGGUUGUAGUAAAAUGUCUAUAUUUUAUUUAUAUCUGUACUUU